UGAAAAACUUGUUGUUGUCUGGGAAAAUGGCGUCAAACGUAGAGGCCCCGGAGCGCUGGUACCUCGCCCUUCUCGGCUUUGCGGAACAUUUCCGAACCUCCAGUCCGCCCAAAAUACGACUAUGUGUGCACUGCCUUCAGGCUGUGUUUCAGUUUAAGCCACCGCAGAGGAUCGAGGCUCGAACACAUCUUCAACUGGGCUCGGUUCUCUACCAUCACACCAAGAACAGUGAUCUGGCCCGUAGCCACUUGGAGAAAGCGUGGUAUAUUUCUCAACAAGUUCCUCAAUUUGAAGAUGUUAAAUUUGAAGCCGCCAGCAUUUUGUCAGAACUCUUCUGCCAACAGAAUUUGGUGGACUCUGCAAAACCUUUGCUGCGUAAAGCUAUCCAGAUUUCACAACAAACACCAUACUGGCACUGCAGACUGCUGUUCCAGUUGGCGCAACUUCAUACACUGGAGAAAGACUUGGUGUCAGCUUGUGACCUUCUGGGCGUUGGAGCAGAGUAUGCCCGAGUGGUUGGCUCAGAAUAUACCAGGGCUUUGUUUCUUCUUAGUAAAGGAAUGUUGCUGCUAAUGGAGAGGAAGCUCGGCGAGGUGCAUCCCCUUCUCACACUGUGCGGAACUAUCGUGGAAAACUGGCAGGGAAACCCAAUCCAGAAGGAGUCUCUGAGGGUCUUCUUCCUGGUGCUGCAGGUCACACACUACCUGGAUGCUGGACAGGUGAAGAGUGUGAAGCCGUGUCUGAAGCAGCUGCAGCAGUGUAUCCAGACCAUCUCUACACUCCACGAUGAUGAGAUCCUGCCUAGCAACCCAGCCGAUCUCUUUCACUGGCUGCCCAAGGAGCACAUGUGUGUGCUCGUUUAUUUGGUGACAGUCAUGCACUCCAUGCAAGCAGGCUAUCUGGAGAAAGCCCAGAAGUACACCGACAAGGCUCUUAUGCAACUAGAGAAACUAAAAAUGUUGGACUGCAGCCCCAUCCUCUCCACCUUUCAAGUCAUUCUGCUGGAGCACAUCAUCAUGUGCCGACUCGUCACAGGCCACAAGGCCACAGCAUUACAAGAGAUCUCGCAGGUUUGUCAACUGUGCCAACAGUCCCCCAGGUUAUUCACCAACCACGCUGCUCAGCUACACACACUAUUAGGUCUGUACUGUAUCUCAGUGAACUGCAUGGAUAAUGCAGAAGCACAGUUUACUACGGCCUUGCGGCUGACCACACACCAGGAGCUGUGGACGUACAUUGUAACCAACCUGGCGAGUGUGUACAUAAGGGAAGGAAACAGACAUCAGGAGCUUUACAGCCUCUUGGAGAGAAUAAACCCAGACCAUAACUUCCCAGUAAGCUCUCACUGUCUUCGCGCUGCAGCCUUCUACAUCAGAGGACUCCUGUCCUUCUUUCAGGGACGCUACAAUGAGGCAAAGCGUUUCUUAAGGGAAACUCUGAAGAUGUCAAACGCUGAGGAUCUGAACAGACUGACUGCCUGCUCUCUGGUUCUACUGGGCCACAUUUUCUACGUAUUGGGCAACCACAGAGAAAGUAACAACAUGGUGGUCCCUGCCAUGCAGCUGGCCAGCAAGAUCCCUGACAUGUCUGUUCAGCUCUGGUCAUCAGCCCUGUUGAAAGAUUUGAACAAGGCUCUUGGAAACAACAUAGAUGCCCAUGAAGCUGCACAGAUGCACCAGAACUUCUCCCAGCAGCUGCUGCAGGACCAUAUUGCAGCCUGCAGCCUCCCCGAGCAUAACCUCAUCAGUUGGACGGAUGGCCCUCCUCCUGUUCAGAUCCAAGCCCAAAAUGGUCCAACUACCAGCCUUGCAAGCCUGCUAUGAAGAACCUCUUGAUGCACGUGAUUGUAGCUGGUAAAUUGUCACAUGCAGCAGUUUGAUGCCUAACAACCUGCUUUCCAGACCACUGUAGCUUGAAAGGAUUUAACAAGAGACAGAUUGGACAUUCACUUUAUUUGCUUCUCAAGUUUUUUUUUUUUUUCCAGUUGUCUAUUGCAUUUUUUUUAAGUUGUAAAACUAUUAGAAUUGCUGUUGUUCAUGCAUUUUACACUCUAAUGGCAUUGACACUUACGGGGUACAAGAGCAGAGUUGGACUGUUGAUUAGAGGAGUGAAGGACACAAGGCAAUGUAUAAAAGGGCUUCAUUGUUCAUAUAUAAGGAACCCUUCUCUGCAUUUGCCAGGAUUUUUUUUUCUCCCAAAUGUUGGAGAAUGACGGGUUUGAUGGGGGGUGGCGCAGUAAAGAAAUGUAGAAGAAAUUAAUUUAUUCAUGUUGCUAUUUUUGUAACUGUUGGUAAAUAUUUUACAUCUUGCCUUUUUUGUAUGGAUGAUGAUUUUCUUUCCCAUGCAUGGAAGUUACUGAUGUGGACUCUGUACAUUAGUUUUUGACCUUGGUUGCUAACAUAAAAUUCUUUAUAGAUAAUCUCCUUUUUUUUGCACAAAAUCCAUAGUAGGAA